AUGGGUGAAGAGUGUGUCAUGGAUCGUUCUCGUCGUUAUUCAAAAUGUGCUUCUUGCACCCGUCUUCGUCGUCCUUGUCGUCGAGAAUUUCACACUGGUAGCGAGUGGGAAUUGUUGAAACAGGCUGAGGCUAAGGUUGCGAGUGAUUUGUCAAAUGCUGAUGAUGAACUGGAGCAGCUUCAAUCUCAUUUGGAGGAAGUUCAACAGAAAUUGAAAUCGACUUUGGCUCGUCAUGCUCGUUUGCGUAAACAACAGAAGUUCUUGAAAGAGCGUGGUUUCAAAAUGUCAGAACAUGAUGCUGAGUUAUUGCGGAUCAUGGAUGAGAAGUCUUCAGAGCAGCUUGAUCCGCCAGUUGUUGAGGUUCAACAGUUAGCUGCGACUUCUAGUAAUCCUGAUUUUAAUCAGAUGUUGGAAGAGAUUGCUCAAAUGCCUUCCUCCUUCUGGGAGAACGUUGAGCUUCCUUCUGGUGAAAUUGCUUCAACAUCUGAUGACAACCCGUCAAGUUCGCGAUAG